UAAGCACGCGCGCGGAGGCUGCCGGUCCCGCUCGGCCUGGGACAGCCACGUCCCGCGCCGCGACUUUGGAGUGGUUUCGGGGUGGCUUCCCUGAGCGGAGAGGAUGGAGCGAGGGAGUUCCGAAAGGGCGCGCAAGGGGGACUCGGAAGUGCAGGCGGAAGUAUCGUCGGGACGCUUUAGGGACGGAACUUGCAGAGUAAACAGAGACGGUGCAGAUCGCAGUGGACGGUGUAGGACGCUGCAGGCCACCAUGAGCCGGCUGCCGAAUGACUACGACCCCUACGCGAUUGAAGAGCCUAGUGACGAGGAGCCGGCUUUGAGCAGCUCUGAAGAUGAAGUGGAUGUGCUUUUACAUGGAACUCCUGACCAAAAACGAAAACUCAUCAGAGAAUGUCUUACUGGAGAAAGUGAAUCAUCUAGUGAAGAUGAAUUUGAAAAGGAAAUGGAAGCUGAAUUAAAUUCUACCAUGAAAACAAUGGAGGACAAGUUAUCCUCUCUGGGAACUGGAUCUUCCUCAGGAAAUGGAAAAGUUGCAACAGCUCCAGCAAGAUACUAUGAUGAUAUAUAUUUUGAUUCUGAUUCUGAGGAUGAAGACAAAGCAGUACAGGUGACCAAGAAAAAAAAGAAGAAACAACACAAGAUUCCAACAAAUGAUGAAUUACUAUAUGAUCCUGAAAAAGAUAACAGAGAUCAGGCCUGGGUUGAUGCACAGAGAAGGGGUUACCAUGGUUUGGGACGACAGAGGUCACAUCAACAACAGCCUGUUCCAAAUAGUGACGCUGUCUUGAAUUGUCCUGCCUGCAUGACCACACUGUGCCUUGAUUGCCAAAGGCAUGAAUCGUACAAAACUCAAUAUAGAGCGAUGUUCGUGAUGAACUGUUCUAUUAACAAAGAGGAGGUUCUAAGAUAUAAAGCCUCAGAGAACAGGAAGAAAAGGCGGGGCCAUAAGAAGAUGAGGUCUAACCAGGAAGAUGCUGCCGAGAAGGCAGAGACAGAUGUGGAAGAAAUCUAUUACCCAGUUAUGUGCACCGAAUGUUCCACUGAAGUGGCAGUCUAUGACAAGGAUGAAGUCUUUCAUUUUUUCAAUGUUUUAGCAAGCCAUUCCUAAACAGUGCAAUUGGCAUUUAAUUACCCAAUACCGUAUAUAAGGCAAAUAUGGACAGUUACUUUCUUCCUGCCUGUUCCUAUCCUUAAGUGACAUUGAGGAAGCAGUGUUUUCUCUUUAUAAAGGAGAAUAGUUGUCAACCUUCAUUCAUCUCUCACCCUCUCCUUUUUUUUCCUUUGAUUUUCCCCCGUAUGGAUGGGACUGAUAUUCUCUUUUUGAUGAACAUUUGGAAACUAUGGGGCUUUUUGUUUAUUAAAGCUCUUUAGAAUUAAACUGUUCUGGAGUUAUAAGCAAUCUUUGUUUCUGUUAUUUUUAUUUUGGAUAUAGCUUUGAUGUAAUUAAACUGGAAAGUGUUUCCUGAA